GUAUACAUAGAACAGGGCGGCCUGUGCCCGUGGUUUCAACUCAGCAGUUCAUCCUGGGUUAAGCAGCUCAGGUGUGCCCCUGGGAGGGCAGGGAGGCCAUGGAGGUUCCUCUGGUAAACUUUGAGAACCUGGACGAUAUCGGAAUUAACCUGGGAGACCCGAGUGACUCAGGAUAUCCAGCUUCACCCACUUCAGAGACACCAGAGCAGAAUCAGCUGACCCGUGGUCUGGAUUCGCCGGCACAUUCACCGCAAAGAUAUAGGAGGCCUGGAAACUCAACAACCUCUCCCACAACACUCACUAAGAGAGGGACCUCAAGUUGUAACAGUCUCAUCUCUAACUGGAAGGUACUUAUGAACAGUGAAGGCAGUCCCUGCGAGGCUCUCCUAGGCAAGGUGGCUAAAGACUGUUGUGAUGACUUGUUUGCAGAGAAGCAGAACCUUGAAGAGGGUGAUCAAAGAGUAGUCAUCAAUGUUUCAGGCAUGAUGUAUGAGACGACACUUAAAACCCUGAACCAGUUCCCCGAUACUCUGCUUGGGGAUCCUAAAAGGAGGAUCGACUAUUUUGACCCCAUGAAGAAUGAGUAUUUUUUUGACCGCAAUCGGCCAAGUUUUGAUGGAAUCCUGUACUUCUAUCAGUCUGGCGGUAAGAUCCGCAGACCAGCAAAUGUACCGUUGGAUGUUUUUGCUGAUGAGAUUGUCUUCUACAGGCUGGGCCAUGAAGUGAUGGAACAAUUUAGGGAGGAUGAAGGUUUCAUCAAAGACCCUGAACCUCAGUUGCCGACAAGCGAGCUUUACCGUCAGUUCUGGCUCUUAUUUGAGUACCCGGAGAGCUCUAGCGCUGCCAGAUCUGUGGCCGUAGUGUCUGUUCUUGUCAUCACUAUCUCCAUUUGUAUAUUCUGUCUAGAGACUCUCCCAGAGUUCCGCGAUGAUCAUGAAUUCCCCCAUAAAGUUCUUAACUCAACUCGUGAUGCUAACGGAACACUUCUGUCCCCAAGCCCUCCUCCCAAAACCCUGGAAUCUACCUUUACAGAUCCUUUCUUUGUUGUAGAAACUAUAUGUAUAAUUUGGUUCUGCUUUGAGCUAGGAGUGCGCUUCGUUGUGUGCCCCAGCAAGAGUGAGUUUUUCAGCAACAUCAUGAAUGUGAUUGAUAUUGUUUCCAUCAUGCCGUACUUCAUCACUGUAAUCACAGAGCUCAUGGCCACUCAUGACUCAGCAGCUAAUCAGAAUAUGUCUCUGGCCACAUUACGUGUCAUCAGACUGGUGAGAGUGUUCAGGAUCUUCAAACUCUCUCGUCAUUCCAAGGGGCUACAGAUUCUGGGGCAAACCCUAAAGGCUAGUAUGAGGGAGCUUGGCUUGCUCAUCUUUUUUCUGUUCAUUGGAGUCAUCCUUUUCUCCAGUGCCAUUUAUUUUGCUGAGGUUGAUGAACCUGAAACACAAUUUGUGAGCAUCCCAGAGGGGUUCUGGUGGGCUGUGGUCACCAUGACAACAGUUGGCUAUGGCGACAUGUGCCCAAUCACCUUGGGGGGUAAGAUGGUAGGAAUCCUCUGUGCCAUCGCUGGAGUUCUGACAAUUGCUCUGCCUGUUCCUGUCAUUGUUUCUAAUUUCAACUAUUUCUACCAUCGUGAAACAGAGCAGGCAGAGAAGCAGGUGAUGGAUGCAGCUGCAGAGGCUGCUGCAAAUCAGAAGACUGAUGAUAAAUACGAUAGUAACUAUUCUCUGGACAAGAGUAAUGGGAACUGGCAGACUGAAAAAAAUGGCAUUCCUUGA